GGCCAACUCUCUCUCUCUCUCUCUCUCUCUCUCUCUCUCUCUCCACGUUUGCCCAUAAUAUAAGACACCGCGUAGAUUCUCUUGUUCCUCUUCUGUGAGAUUUAAAGAGUGUAUGCUGCUGAGUGUCUGCGUGAGUUAAGAAGACGCAGAGAAGAAGAGAGAUGGAUUGGCAUGGCGACUUGAGAAGUUUCAGUAACGUCUCUUUCCCUGAAUCUUCCAUUGGCUUUCUCAACCCCAACUUCGCCCAAUACCCUGUAGGUAUGGAGCUGAAGCACCACCACCACCACCACCACCCGCCGUCGUCCUCGAUGGCCGAGGCCCAGAACGACGCGGUGGUAGCGGGGGCGAUGGACAAGAAGAAGAAGCUGACGAGCGAGCAGCUGGAGAUGCUGGAGAGGAGCUUCCAGGAGGAGAUAAAGCUGGACCCGGACCGGAAGAUGCGGCUGUCUCGCGAGCUCGGGCUCCAGCCGCGCCAGAUCACCAUCUGGUUCCAGAACCGCCGGGCCCGGUGGAAGACGAAGCAGCUCGAGCGCCUCUACGAUGCCCUCAAGCUGGAGUUCGAUGCGGUCUCGAGGGAGAAGCUCAGGCUCCAGGAGGAGGUCUCAAGAUUGAAAGCCAUUGUGAGCGACAUCCAAGUGGCCAAGAAGAAGCAAGUCUCCACCGGCUACACCGACAUCUCCGGCGACGAGACGGUGGAAAGCACUCGCUACUCCGGCGAGGUCCGCCACUGCGGCGACCUCCCGAGGGGGGGAGGAGGAGGAGGAGGAGCGACGCCGACGGCCUCAACCACCCAACACCACCACCUCACGGGCUCGAGCUAUCAGCUGUUCACCCUGCAAGACUACGAGUCCAACUCCUACUGGGGCGUCCUGCCUUCAUCAUACCCAUGAUGAGAACUGACCUCCCCCAGAAAAAAAGAAAGAAAACACUGUAACCUCUGACUCCAAGCUUGAUGAGUGUUUUAAUUAAGCUCUAUAGGGUAUGUAGGGACUGAUCAUGGUAGUGUUUAGGGAAGUAGAAGGGGAGUGCCCCUCUUUGCUGGUGACCUUUUGUUGAACUCCAUAGACUUUCGAGUUAGUCAAACUUUUUAAUUGAGCUUCUAUAUAGCUUUGGUGUGAAGUAAUCUUCAAGCCUGUUGUGGAGGUCUUUGGAGGUUCUCUCUUUGAUAUUUCUCUGAAGAAGAGUUGCUGUAUUCCAUCUA